UGGCCGAAGCGCCUCAUUUCCAAUCAGACUGAAUCGUCAUUCUCUCUUUCAUUUCCAAAACCACUUCCGCCGUCUGCUGUCCAGCCUGCCCCCACCGUCGUCUGGCCUCGCCGUCGUCUGGCCUUGCCGUCUGCUGUCCUCGCCGUUCUCUGUCGUUGUCCGUCCUCUCCGUCUUCUGGUAUGAAGAUUCACUGCUCGUCUCCUUCUCUCUUUCCCUUUCUAUCUGUCUUCAUCGCUUGAGGGAAAAAAUAUGGCGAAGGGGCAAAAUCUACCUGCCGACGUGACUCAGUUAAUCGAUCAGUUGGAGCGCCACUGCUUGGCCCCUGAUGGAUCUCUCGUCUCCAAAUCUGCCUAUUACGAUCUGCAACUCGCGAGAGAGGAAAUGUCCAGAGAGAGACUGCGUUAUUUGGAAGCCAUGGUAUUGUUAUGCUCGUACAAUGCAAUUUACUGUGAGGCUAUUGCUAUGGUUGAAGAAUAUCAGCAGGCUGUUUCAGUAGCAAACCUUGGAGGUAUCCGAGACGUCCAGGGUCUGUACCCACAACUGGGUUUGAAGAACUCUCCUGAGGUUUAUGAGGCUCUUGAGCACCGCCUAGUUGUCGCAGAAGCAGCUCAAAAAUUGAGGCUCCCUCUGAUUUCCAAAGAUGGUGAGAUUCACGAGGAAGAAAUUGAAAAGUGGAGUAUAAUGUCAAGAAGCUCCCUUGAUAGUAUGAGUACCAGUGUCACCAUUAGCUCAAGCUCGAACUCAACAAAUUAUACAAAUAUUUCUGCAAUUAGUGCUGGUGGUGCAGCAAAUACUCUUUCCUGCAGUGCUACUGAUGCUGAGGAACCUGGAGUUGGUGGUGUUCCUAAUAGAUUUCUUGGAAUAACACCUGCUUAUUUAUGGCAAACUCAGCUCCGACAAGCACCAUUAUCAAUGGACAUGCCAGAGUACCAGAUGUUGCUUUUACGCGAGAUUGAGGGUCGUUUAAAAGCCAAGUGUGAUAAAUUAGCAGAUGCCUUUGUAGUAGAUGACAUGGACUCUUCAACUGGUAGUCAAAAUUCAAAUGCUCGGCUUCUAGAAAGGGCAAAGUUAAUUAUUGAGGAGAUCGAGAGGGAAGAGGCAUCUUUGCAGGAGGAUCUAUAUUCCGCGGAUAGAAAACUGGCAGAAUAUUUCAAUGUCUUAGAGCAGAUACUUGGAGUGCUCAUCAAACUGGUCAAAGAUUUGAAGUUGCAACAUCAACAUAAAUAUCUAUCUCUUCUCGGCAAUCUCUCCUCGGCGAUCUCAGUUCUCAUCUUGGCAACCUCUCUCGGAUCCCUCCUUGGCUCUCUCCUCGAUAAUUUCUCUCAGGAUGAACUGCAAAAAACUUGGCUGUGCAAAAGGUGUGAGACCAUGAAUGCAAAAUUGAGGGUUCUCGAGCAUAUUCUCCUGCUUGAGACAUAUACUCAGGAGUCAAUUCCAGCUCUCCAUAAAAUAAGGAAAUAUCUGGUUGAAGCUACAGAAGAAGCUUCACUUGCAUACAAUAAAGCAGUUACGCGACUUCGUGAGUAUCAAGGUGUUGAUCCUCACUUUGAUACAAUUGCGAGGCAGUACCAUGAUAUAGUGAAGAAAUUGGAAAACAUGCAAUGGACGAUUCGCCAGGUCGAGAUGGACCUGAAACGCUUACCAGAUCACUCAAGCACCUAAUUUAUUGUUUGUAUUGUUAUUUUUUAAAUUUCAUUUGGUUUUGUAUUCUGAAAUUGUUUUCCUCUUCGGUUGUUGUGUAACAUAGCAUAUGGUGUUAUUGAAGAGAAUUAUUUAUGUGGUUGUACUUCCCGAAUUCUGAAAUGUUAUCCAGUUAUUGUAUUAGUUUUGAAUAAGCAUAGUAUAUGGUAUAAUUGGUAUUAGUGAAAA